GAGCUGAUGAGCCCAAGAAUUGAACGGCCCUAUUCAUAGAAGGAUUCAGGGCGCAACCCAAUGCCGACAGCUCAGGCUGUUCACACAUUUGAAAAUUCAUCACUCCCGGACGUCUUCGCUUCUUGGUAUCAACACUUCCAGUACGGAUGAACUGACGUUUAGCUUUACCAGGGGGGCUAUUCUUCAAACCACUAGUAUCAACGAUUGUCGUAGAGUACAUCCGACACCAGGAGACGUAUCCCAAGAUCACUUGUUCAUACUUGACUACACGGUUUCGCUCGUGGAGACGCAAUCAUGACUUCUACACUGACAAGGGCAGCUGCCACGAAACGAAUUCUGACUCCAUCGAUAACUUUGGGGGGUCACGGAGACUUGAUUCGAUCCAUAUCCUACUUUCCAGACGGCCAGCGAAUGAUCAGCGGAUCUUGGGACAAGACCACUCGACAAUGGGAUCUGAAGGUGGCCAAGCAGAUUGAGGAAGCGCAGUAUGUUUGCAAAGAGGUAAGGGCAGUGGCAGUAUCAAGGGAUGGUCGAUGGAUUGUCACUGGUGGUGGAGAUUGGGAUAGUGCUGAGCUGAAAGCCUGUAAGGUUGGGACUAGGACUGUAAGAACAUUCGAAGGACACUCACGGAAGAUCACCUGCAUUGAUAUCUCUAUGGACAACACACUGCUGGCGAGCGGAUCAGACGAUGAAACAACGCGGAUAUGGAACUUGAACACCGGCAAACUUGUGGCUGGUCCAUUCGAGAGCGUCGAUUUGGUGGGGGCGGUGCGAUUCCCCACUGAUUCGAAGAAGCUUGCGGUCAAGUCGUUGGUGAGGAUGUGCCUUGAAAUCUGGGAUGUUCAAUCACAGAAAUUGGACGUCAGACUGGGGGAUUUUCGUGUAAAAAGUGUAGAACACACGGAUGCGCCAAUAUUCUGGACAAACAACGACAAAAACAUUGUAGCCGCAUUCAGCUUUAUGGAUGACCACUGCGCGACCAUCUACGAGUUUGAUGCAUCGACGCUAGAAACUGUCGGAGCUCCCUUUAAAAGGCAUACCACUCUUUUUGAAGAGCCCACUAAGGUUGUCACCGGCCUGGCACUUUCAUCUGACCAUACUCUUCUCGUCAGCGCUUCCUACAACACCAUCAGGCUGUGGGCUUUCGAGUCACGCCAACUCCUCGCUUCGUUCAACGUCCAUAAACCUAACGCCCUUGUCCUCUCACCCGACUCACGCCAACUAGCUUACACAACAAAAACUAAAGACUCUUACAAGAUCUGCGUCUGUGAUAUUCCACCUGACAUCCUUGCUCAGGCAAGUACUAGUGUACACUUACAAGGACCCACGGCAGAUCCCCAAAGCACAGCAAUAUCGCCUGUCAUAGCUCUUCCCCCUCCACCCCAGAUACCCUCUUCUACACCAGGUUCACGGCUACCCCAGUUAUGCUCCGACCCCCGCGAGCUCCUUCCUUCCUCUUCCCACACCCAUACAGUCUUCUCCGCUCAUAAUGUUCAACCUGACGAUCUCCCCCCCGAAGAAGCGCUCCAAGACCUCUCAAAAUAUAUCACAAAGGACGGAGAAUACCCUGUUGCUCGUGGCGGGUUCGGUGAGAUCUGGAAAUGCACCUUGCGCAUUGACAGUAGCUUGGUCAACGUCGCAGUGAAGGCAUUGCAGGUGUACGCUGAUGAUCAACUUGGGCCAGCGAAGGUGAAAAAGACCAAGAGGAUAAAGCGUGAACUCAGGAUAUGUGCCAAAGUAAACCAUGCAAAUAUUCUGCGCAUCUAUGGUUAUACAUAUGGCUUCGGCCCAUUUCCGGCAAUAGUCAGUCCUUGGGUGGAGAAUGGUAACUUGACGGUCUAUUUGGAGCAUGAAGGUGCGGCCCUGACUCUCGUUCGACGAUUCCAGCUGCUAAGAGAUAUCAUAGCUGGUCUACAAUAUCUUCACACCAACAGUGUCAUCCAUGGCGACUUCAAUGGGCCCAACGUGUUGAUCCAUGGUGAUGGCACUGCGUGUAUUGCUGACUUCGGCCUUUCCUUGAUGUAUUCCAAGGUUAUAAGCGCCUCUCAGGCUUCCUGGACGUCCACUCUCAAAGGAAACGUGCGAUGGAUGGCUCCUGAGCUUCUUGUGGAGCAAGAGGAUGGCUCUCAAGUUCGGCCAAGCGAGCAGAGUGACAUGUAUUCAUUCGGCGGUGUCAUGCUGCAGGUCCUCACCAAUAAAGUGCCCUAUUAUCACCUCACGAAUGAUGCCCGCAUCAUAUUUUGCAUAGCCAAGUCAGAAACGCCUUCCCGAACUCGUUAUCCUGAACUCCCUGAACAAUACUGGCAAUUUAUCGAGCAAUGUUGGUCUCUUGAUCCUCGGGACCGUCCCUUGACGGAGAAAGCUGAUACAACGAUCAGGAAUGAAUUUUCCUCGCUGUCUAGAUCUCAUUGAUUCUUGCACUGUCUCGCAUUCAGAAAUCUGAUCACAGUACAGCCAGAUAGAUAAUUCUAGGUACACCUAUAUAGGCUCACCCCAAGGUUUCUAAUAUUGGAGCACACUUACAC